UUUUUUACGCCCUGUAAGGGGUCACACUAAUUGACUGAUUGGAAAUUGUUUUGUUUUAAAAACGUAAAACAUGGAAGAAUCAUCGCAUGUACAAGUUAAGAUGGAGCAGCAGAACAUAAAGGAACGUUUGAAUUUACAUGUCAAGCGACGCUUGCAACAGGAUGCGGAAAAUCCCAUAGAGAGUACAGAGUUGUUGCCGAGUAAUCCAAACCCGAAGCGCAGCAAGGGAAAAGAUGAUUCCAAGCCUCGAAAACCCUAUCAAAAGCGCACAGAAAAACCCAAAACGGAGGCAACAAAGUGCAAGAAAGUUGGACAACUCGGCAGUCCGGCUGCGGAGCCGGAUCCCUUGGAUGAACAGGAACCAGAGGGCACUCUUCUGGAGGCGACGGACGGCAAGUCCGUAAGACGGGACUGUUGCAAAAACGCCGACAUUCUGAACAUGGUAUUGAACGUUAAAAAACGCACUCUAAUGCAGGAUCCCGAAGUUCAAGCCUUCUGGACCAAAAUAAUGACAGCCAUUAAAAGCUGAAUAAAAGAAUAAUGCUUA